AGAAGCGGGACCUUUAAAUUGGUCGCCAAUGUGAGGCCCUAUGGCCGCGUCUGACACUGUGUAUCCCGGUUACCUCGCUGUUCACAGACCCCGGCAGGUCGUCAAGCCCAUCAUGUUGCUCUCAGCCCCCUUACGCCACCUCCCGGGACUUCUGCUGCUGCUCUGGCCGCUGUUGCUCCUGCCUCCCCCGGCUGCUCCUGGACGUUUGGCCCGCGCGAGCGUCCGCCGGCUGGGGACGCGAGUCCCCGGGGGCAGCCCUGGGCAUCUCUCUCCUCUGGCUACUUCCACCCGCGCGCCAUAUUCCGGGAGCCGCGGCGCAGGUGUUUGCAAGAGCAGGCCUUUGGACUUGGUGUUCAUCAUUGAUAGUUCUCGGAGCGUCCGGCCUCUGGAAUUCACCAAGGUGAAGACCUUUGUCUCCCGCAUCAUUGACACUCUGGACAUCGGAGCCACAGACACAAGGGUGGCUGUGGUGAACUACGCCAGCACUGUGAAGAUAGAGUUCCAGCUCAACACCUAUUCCGACAAGCAGGCCCUGAAACAGGCUGUGGCACGAAUCGCACCCUUGUCAACAGGCACCAUGUCAGGGCUAGCUAUCCAGACAGCGAUGGAGGAAGCCUUCACUGUGGAGGCCGGGGCUCGGGGACCCAUGUCUAACAUCCCCAAGGUAGCUAUUAUCGUGACAGAUGGGAGGCCGCAGGACCAGGUGAAUGAGGUGGCUGCUCGAGCCCGUGCAUCUGGCAUUGAGCUGUAUGCUGUGGGUGUGGACCGGGCAGAUAUGGAGUCCCUCAAGAUGAUGGCUAGCAAGCCCCUGGAAGAGCACGUCUUCUACGUGGAGACCUACGGGGUCAUUGAGAAACUCUCUGCUAGAUUCCAGGAAACCUUUUGUGCUCUGGAUCAGUGCAUGCUUGGCACACACCAGUGUCAGCACGUGUGUGUCAGCGAUGGUGACGGCAGGCACCACUGCGAGUGCAGCCAAGGCUACACCUUGAACGCUGAUGGGAAAACGUGUUCAGCCAUUGAUAAGUGUGCCCUCAGCACUCAUGGAUGUGAACAGAUCUGUGUCAACGACAGAAAUGGCUCUUACCACUGCGAGUGCUAUGGAGGUUACACCUUGAAUGCAGACAGGAGAACGUGUGCAGCUCUGGACAAAUGCGCCUCUGGUACACAUGGUUGCCAGCACAUCUGUGUGAAUGAUGGAGCCGGGUCCCAUCACUGUGAAUGUUUUGAAGGCUACACUCUGAAUGCAGAUAAGAAAACAUGUUCAGUCCGGAACAAGUGUGCUCUGGGCACUCAUGGCUGCCAGCACAUCUGUGUGAGUGAUGGAGCAAUGGCCUACCACUGUGACUGCUUCCCUGGCUACACCCUGAAUGAUGACAAGAAGACAUGUUCAGACAUUGAAGAAGCCCGAAGCCUCAUUUCCAUAGAAGACGCCUGCGGCUGUGGGGCCACGCUGGCAUUCCAGGAGAAGGUCAGCUCCCAUCUCCAGAAGCUGAACACCAAACUUGACAACAUUUUGAAGAAGUUGAAAGUAACAGAAUAUGGACAAGUACAUCGUUAAACUGUGUAAAACUCUCGCCUGGAAAUGUGGAGGGCUUGAUAUAUGCAAUUCUCAUUCUCUUGUCACGCUAUCUGAUGUUCCUGCUAAGACUCUGCCAUGAUAAAUGCUUAACAUUAUUUGGUAAACAGUGUGAGGGGUUUCUGGAGAACCAGUAUCGUUUUCCAAGGAGAUAAAUGUGUAGACCCUUGUUAAAAGCAAGCUUUAAUGUCUCAUAGCUAUGACUGUGAAAUCAUUAAUAAGAUAGAGAGUGAAAAGUUUAAUGUUUUUUAUCUACUGAUUGAGCCAUUUAAGUUUAAAUUGUUUAUAUUAGUAAGAUGAUCUUAUUCAUAAAACUUUAGGUCUAUUUUCUCUUGGUCAUAUUUAUAAUACGAACCAGCCUUACUAUCUAUCAAGAGUGCACAUUUUAUGAAAUAUUUACACAUACAAAGAUAAACUAAUUAAACUGAGAAUUUAGAAUUGUUUACUAUUUUUUUUUUGCUGGAAUAUUAUUAAAGCUACAAUCAAGCGAUUAUAAUACAUGUACCUAAAAAUAAUUUACACAGACUAAGUGGAUGUUAUGUGACACUUUUAAUUCAUUAAUGUCAUAGAAAUGAACAACUAAAGAGUACUGGCUAUGAACUUAUGGUGCUAAGAUUUUUGCUAAGAGCAAAAAUUUUGAAUUCUAUCAUUUUGUUUUAGCAUGCAAUUGGCAAAAUUACAUAUUUAUAGAAUUAGUAUAAUAAGUAACAAGUUAUAAUAUUAUCUUAAAAAAUGUCAAUAAGCCUGAUUUUUCACUCAAAAUAUACUGAAUGCAUACACUUUUUAAGCAUGGCUCAUAACUUUUAGAACGAAACAAUUCUGUAAAUUUUGUGCUACUUGAUCUGUUUUGGUUUGUAUUGUUUUUAAUAUAUUAAAAGUUCCCAUCUUUCUACAUUAA